UCGCAACUGGCGGCUCGCGACUCGCGAGUUGUAAGCUGUCUGUCGGUGGUCGCGGAACGAGGAAAGGAGUAAAUACAGGAGUAUAAAUGUAUUACUAUCAGUGCGCCUGCCGACAGAACGCGCGACGAAAUCGCAUCGAACGGGCCUGAUAAAUAAAUCCACCAAAUAUUUACAGUGAAGUUAAUACAUUUAAAAAAAAUAAAAAAUGAUUAAGUGAAAAAAAUUUAAAAAAUUUAAAAAUUUAUAAAAAUUAUUAAAAUAUAAAAACGCGCAUAAAUUUCUUCCAAAAUUAAAAUAAAUAAAUUUUAUUAUAUAAAAAUUAAAUUAUUAUAAGAAUUUAUGAUGUUCUUAGUCAACACGUAGUAACAAAUCCGAGAAACGUGUAGAAGUGAUUAAAGUAUUUGCUGAAAAUUGUCUGGUGAUAACAGAUGAGCAACAUACUAUCGUACUUAAUAAAAAUUGAAGUUAAUGAAUGAAUAAACAUUUAAACUCUGAAAUUAAAACUGAAGCAGAAACCGGAUUUAUUGAAAUCCGUUGGAGAGAUCAAAGUGCAAAUUGUUUGAUUUUUUUAUUUUUUGUUUUUGGUGCGAUAAUCGUGCGACUUAAUUAAUUUAAAAGUGGGUUGGACUUUCUCUCAACAAUAUCAACAUUAUCUGCAUUAUCAACAAUAAGAAUUAUUAAAUAAAAAUAAAACAUGAUAAUCUCACAGGCAAUUGGCGAUUAUGGCCGCUGGCAGUUCAUAUUAACCUUACUACUUGCUUUCUGCAAUAUCCCAUCAACGUUUCAUAUAUUCGUGCCGACAUUCCACGCACGCGCACUGGACACAUGGUGUGCCAGGCCUGCCAACUUCACGGAAGUAGAUCCGUUACAAUGGCGGCAAAAAACACAAAAACCCAACGAUUACUGCAAAGUAAUCAGGGAACAAGACCUGAAAUUACAAGAUGGCGAACUACAAGUAGCUGUAGAUGCAAAAUACAUUGAUUGCACCACGUGGGAAUUCGAUGGAGAAGGUAGUACAUUAAUCACCGAAUAUGGAUUGUUAUGCUCCAAAGCCAAUCUCAUAAGCAUAGCGGAAAUGGUUUUCCUUGGAGGUGUGGCUGUUGGUGGUCUUGUGAGUGGAAUCAUCUCAGAUCGUUAUGGACGCAAGAAAACCCUUCUGGGUUCUGUAGCAAUACAAACCAUUUUGGGGGUUAUAAUUGCAUUCAAUCCUUGGUUUGAGAUGUAUUUGUUUCUGAGAGCAAUUUUGGGUUUUGUAUCGGUUUCGGUGGUUUUCAGUGGAUUUGUAUUGAGUAUUGAACUUGUUGGUGGAGUAUGGCGGACUGUCGCUGGUAUUUCCUACUUAUUCCCAACUUCGAUUAGUUUUGGGCUUAUUUCUGCAAUUGCGUAUUUUAUUCGUGAUUGGCGCACGUUGCAGUUGGCUAUUUCAUUGCCAGGAGCGUUGAUUUUGAGUUAUUGGUGGUUUGUUCCUGAAUCUCCACGUUGGUUAUUAGCAAUGGGUCGCACUGCAGAAGUCCUGAAAAUCCUCGAAACAGCCGCAAAGUUUAACAAUCGAAAAUUACCUGCUAAUAUUGAUAAACAAUUAUUACCUACAUCGAAUUCUAUCAAUAAUGAAACAAUGGGAGUGAUGGAUCUUUUCAAAACACCAAAACUACGCAAAAUCACACUUUGUUUAUUCGUUAUUUGGUUUUCUGUUUAUUUUAUCUACUAUGGCAUAACCUUAAACCUUGGAAACAUUGGUGGUGAUCUAUAUUUAGCAUCUGCGUUGAGUGGAUUGGUUGAAGUACCUGCGUUGGCGAUAAGUAUCGCCAUCUUGUUGAAAAUGGGAAGAAGAUGGCCGCUGGCACUCACUGUUUUCUUCUCUGGGUGUUUCUGUCUGAUGAUUAUUCCGGUUCCGUAUGUUUUGAAUAACGCGCAGUGGUUGAUCACCAGUUUUGCUAUGAGUGGGAAAUUUUUAAUUGCUGCGUCGAAUUCGAUUAUGCCAGUGUUUACAGCUGAGUUAUACCCGACGAAAAUACGGAAUAUUGGAGUGGGGGCUAAUAAUGUACCUGCUGGUAUAGCUUUGAUGCUUGUUCCUUACUUGUGGGAUAUGGCGAUGUUUCAUGAAUGUGUACCUAUGUCUAUCCUAGGAGUUUCCGGUUUGGUAGGAGGGUCUAUUGUGUUACUGUUACCGGAAACCGGAAACUCACAACUGCAGGAAAGCAUCGAAAACAGUUCGGAUGAAGAAUUGUUCAAGAAAACUAAUAAAAUCAUGGUGGAAUCAUGUUCGAAUAACGGAUCAGCUGCUUCUAUGUAAAUUAAUUUUGAAAAAAAUUAUUUGUUUACGAAUUAUUUCGAAUGUUAUCAAAAUAAUUGCAACAAAAACAUUACUCGUGAUACGUUUACUCUUAACUCUUAAAUAUUUAUUGUAUAAUUUAUGCUGAAAUUGCUACAAAGUAUUUCAAAACACGAUUUAGAAAUUUUGAAAGUUUUCUGUUAUUGUUAUUAAAAAUAUCUAUGGAUAAAGUUCUUUUUGGGAACUGUAAUGAUAAUAUUUACUGAUAGUUACCGAUUAUAUACCAAUUAUUACUAUUAGAUAGUGUAAGUUUGUUUGUUACCAAAAAUUUAGGAUAUUUUGUAAUAAAUAAACGUUUUUUGUACAAAAAAUCAAAA